ACGAAUUAGUUAAAGUAAAUUAAAACCGGUAAGACCAGCAAAUAAGAACAAGUUAAAAAACCCAAUAAGACAGGGACUGUCUUUUUGGUACAAAUGCUAAUUGCACAUAUUUAAUACAGAUGUUUCUGCAAUAAAAUCAUGUAAUUGACUCUCUAGCUAUUAAUUUGCACCUGGCCUCAGGAGUCUAUACCUCCGCCCUGAAGGAAAUAAAAAAUAAAAUAUUCCUCCUCAGGAAAUACAGUCGCUGUUUCUUUUCAGACUUCCUCUGUAUUUGUGCUGAAACUAAAGUCCUGGUCAGUGAUUGCUGCCAGGUUGUAACUUUCCACAACAUUAAUUCUUUGUCCUCUGGUGUCCAUGAAAGGAUGUGAUGUUCUCCAGAAAAUAUAGGUGCCAAAGAAAUGUACCGGAGUAAAAAAGUACAAUAGGCUAUAUUAAACAAGCACUUUAUUUAUCCCCAAUGGCAACUGGUUGUAGUGGAGUAUAAGUAUGAAGUGGCAGAAAGUUGAAUAAAGCCAGAAUAGGACAAAGGAAACCUCAAAACUGUACUCAAGCACACGAGUACAUGUACUCAUGUGUCAUUUCAGCACUGAAAAUCCUAUUUGCCUCUUUCUAGUCGGCCUACAUCUCCUAACACCUCACUCUGAUCAAGAAGCGUUACCAUAACUGCCACAACCCGCAGCUGUUUGACUAUCAGCUGAUAGAUGAAACGUCAUCCCCUCCUCCGCCACAUGUGCCGCCUGCACUCUGGUCAUAGAUGUAUAAAAAGAUCUUAUAAUACAUCCAUGACUCUGGUUAACCGGGGUUCCCCGCCCUUGCUGCUACGUAACAUGCGGCACAUCGUUACGGACAAAUGGAGCGCAGCCACUAUCUUCACUGACCUGGAUAGAGGAGGGUCUGGAUCCCACUCAGCUGAGAGGAGAAGACUUCACUGUAGUGCUGCCGUGCAGAUGGAGUCGGGACCGGGAGGCUGCGGCUGCCCGUCAGCGCUGCUCCUGGACCCGCCAAGCUGGAGAAAGAGCACCGGCCUGAUGGAGAAACUCCUGUGAUCAGAUCAUCCUCUGCUUCACUUGGAGAGCCGGAGAAACAACAUCAACCUGCUUGAAACCCUCUUCUACAAUCCUAAUACUCUAUAUGGAACCGGAGGGCGCAGGGUAGGGGGGCAGCAGGGGCCUCCGGGAGAGACCAGAGUUUCACUGCUGAAGUGUAACUCCACUAAGACUAAUGGAUUUGAAGAGAGUGCUGUCCUUCCCACCAUACCCCGGGGAUUACCUGCAUCCAGUGGUGUAUGCCUGCACAGCAGUCAUGCUGCUCUGUCUGCUCGUCUCCAUCAUGACUUAUAUUGUCCAUCAUAGUGUGAUCCGCAUCAACAGGAAUGGCUGGCACACACUCCUCAACUUCCUUUUUCACACUGGGCUGACAUUUGGAGUUUUUGCCGGGGGCAUCAAUCAGAUCAACUUACCUUUUGUGUGUCAAAUUGUUGGGAUCGUGCUCCACUAUGCCUCUUUGUCUACUAUGCUGUGGCUGACGUUUACUGCUAGAAACCUCUGUAAAGAUGUGUCCAAAGACCCGCUUCGAGCCCAUGACAGGAAUAAGCCAGCCCAGACUCGCACCAAACCAACCAUCCUCAGAUUUUAUCUUGUAAGUGACGGAAUCCCUCUCAUAAUUGUUGGAGUUACAGCAGCAUUUGGUAUGGAUAACUAUGGGAGCAGAGAUGACGCUUUGUAUUGCUGGAUGGCAUGGGAACCAAGCCUGGGAGGUUUCUAUGCCCCCAUGAGUCUUCUGGUCUUAGUCAUGUCUGUGUACUUCUUGUGCACCUACAUCCAGCUCAAACGCCACCCAGAGAGGAAGUAUGAGCUGCGGGUCCUGAGUGAGGAGCAGCAGCAGUUAUCAUCCAGUGAGUCAAACCAUCAGUGCCACACUGACACUGGGGCAGCUUCUGGGCUUGCAGCAGAUUGUCCGUCAUUUGCUACAGGUGUAUCAGUGCUGGCCAACGAGCACUCAUUUAAAUCUCAGCUCAGGGCCACAGCGUUCACCCUGUUUCUGUUCCUGGCUACCUGGGCAUUAGGAGCGCUGGCAGUAUCACUGGGACAUUUUCUGGAUAUGAUAUUCAGCUGCCUGUACGGGGCGUUUUGUGUCACGUUGGGACUCUUUCUUCUCAUCCAGCACUGUGCCAAACGUGAUGAUGUGUGGCACCGCUGGUGGGCUUGUUGCCCAUCCAAAUCCAAGACAGAGGAUGGAAAUGGGAACGGACAGAGCCAGAGGCAGGAGCUCCAUCAGCCACACUGCCACCUGAACUCCCCGUGCUCAGGCAAGCAGCCGCUACUUUCUCCUCACCUUGUGCAGAGUUCUUACCACAAAAUUGCACCACCUCAGAGCCUCACACCCAAUCACACAGGUCCAUGCUGUGUGGCUGUCAUGAGUCCUGUCGCUGCAACCCCUGUCUCACCUCUCACUGAGCCGGUGCCCUCGCCACGUCCACAGUCGCUUCCUGAUGAGCUCCCUCGUCCCGCUCUGCCACUACAGAGCUGCCUUACAGACAGAACUAAGUCACGCUCUUUCAACCGCCCACGCCCAUGUCUCCAGGACUACCGCUCUCACAUAACAUCCACCAGUAUGGACGGGAGUGUUCACAGCUCCCACCUGGACAGCCCACACACUGUACACCACCUCGAAGGCUCACCGCUGGUUUCCAACAGCCCACACCCAGACCUCCAGCUGCCCUGCCCUAGCCCUCACUUGGAUAAGCAGCUAGCUUCCUGCCAUGGUUUGCAACGCCAGACCUCCUGCCACAGUGUACAAGACUCAAUGACUUCCUGCCACAGCCAUGCACACAACAUGCAUGACAGCAUCACUUCCUGUCACAGUCUCCUUCUUCCCUCUCAUGGGAUCCACACCUGCCAGUGGCACAUGUAUAGCUCAGCUGAUCACUCUUCCACAACAAGCUGCUCUGAAAAACCCGAUCCCUUCACCUUGCAAUACCAGCAAGACCCAGACACAUACAGCUACAUGUCAAAGACAACAGACAAAGAGAAGGAUAGUCUCUGCGUAGAGAUGGAGCAGAAAGGUUUCCCAAGAAAUACUCUGCCUCGGCAUGGUGCCAUCAGCCGGCGAGGCACCAUCGGCCGAAACAGGAGCCUGCAGGAAGAUGGCCUGUUUGGGUCAGACGCCACAGGAAACAUAAGGACUGGACCUUGGAAGAAUGAAACCACCGUAUAGUUUUCUUAUGCUCGUACCUGUGAGACCACCCUGUAAUGAUAUUACUCUGUACGUAUUUGGGUCUCAUUGCCUUCAGAUUUGCCCUUAAACCACAGGUUGAGUUUUCUGUGAGGCCUCAUGUCCUGAUGAUCUUCCAGAACCCUUUAUGACAAAGUUAUCUUAACUUUUAGAGUGAUACAAAAUCAUUUUUAUAAAGAAUUUUUAAA